GGGGUUGUCAUAUCAACUGCUUGCCACCUUUCACCGCUCAAGCUUGUUAUAUAUUUUACCUCACGCUUACGUCGUUCUGCACUCCGAUAGUAACCAGCUAACAGAACGUAGCCAGCGCGCUAGCUACUACUCACUAAGAAGCAAUGCCGGGAAAACGCUAUUUCAACAACACCUGGCUACACACGCCACGAUAUUCGUUGUAGAUUGUUGUGUAAAAUGCACGGUGGUUUGGGUCUCUAGCCAUGCUCCAGCUAAGACCAUAAUCAGUGCAGCAACAGCCUGCCCAGCUCAGCCCUGAGCUAGGAUGUCUAGUAGCUCAGGUUAUCCCCCAACCCAGGGGAGCUUCAGCAGCGAGCAGAGCCGCUUCCCACCACACACUUACCAGUACACCUUUAGCACAUCACGCCACCACCAGGAGCUUUCCGUCCCAGAUUACCGAGGUCACCUUCAGGACCAGCAGGGUCGGCGGAGGCCUUCAUUGCUUUCUGAAUUCCAUCCUGGAACUGAGAGGCCUCCAGAGAGACGUCAUGGGUAUGAGCAGCAGUUCCACAGCGUCACCACCCAGCAACAGGCUGAUGGUCAUGAGAACCUAGAUGCCAAGCGGCCGCGGAUGGACUCUGUCUCUGAGGCCCAGUUUGCCCGUGGUGCUCCGCCUGGAAGCAUUGUUUUACCCCUGCAGUCCCACCAGGUCCAGGACAGCCUUCGAGCUACUCUAGGGGAGAUGAAAAAGGAGACCCAGUUUAGUGGUAUCAAAGCUGAAUCGCAGUCUCCAGGAGGGCUGCACCAUGUUGGGGAUGAUCAGGAUGGUUCACCAUCCAAACUAUCCAAGGAAGAACUAAUCCAGAGCAUGGACCGUGUAGACAGAGAGAUUGCUAAAGUUGAACAGCAGAUCUUCAAGUUGAAGAAGAAGCAGCAACAACUAGAGGAGGAAGCAGCAAAGCCAGUGGAGCCUGAAAAGCCAGUAACUCCUCCCCCCAUACCACAGGAACACAACAAGCACCGCAGCAUCGUCCAGAUCAUCUAUGACGAAAACAGGAAAAAAGCUGAAGAGGCCCAUAAGAUAUUUGAAGGUCUUGGUCCUAAACUUGAACUGCCCCUCUAUAAUCAACCAUCAGAUACUAAAGUGUACCAUGACAACAUAAAGACUAAUCAAGUGAUGAGGAAGAAGCUGAUUCUGUUUUUCAAGCGAAGGAACCAUGCUCGUAAACAAAGGGAACAGAACAUCUGCCAGCGCUAUGACCAGCUGAUGGAGGCCUGGGAGAAGAAGGUUGAGAGGAUGGAGAACAACCCGCGUCGUAAGGCCAAGGAGAGCCGCACCAGGGAGUACUAUGAGAGACAGUUCCCAGAGAUACGCAAGCAGAGAGAGCAGCAAGAGCGCUUCCAGAGGGUUGGCCAGAGAGGAACUGGACUGUCUGCGACCAUUGCCAGAAGCGAGCAUGAGAUUUCUGAAAUAAUUGACGGACUGUCUGAGCAGGAGAACAAUGAGAAACAGAUGCGACAGCUAUCCGUCAUCCCUCCUAUUAUGUACGACUUGGAGCAGAGGCGGGUUAGGUUCAUCAACAUGAACGGCCUGAUGGAUGACCCUAUGAAGGUGUAUAAGGCUCGACAGUUUAUGAAUGUGUGGACUGAACACGAGAAAGAGAUCUUCAAGGAAAAGUUUGUUCAGCACCCAAAGAACUUUGGCCUCAUUGCUUCCUAUCUGGAGAGAAAAUGUGUGUCCGAUUGUGUUCUGUACUACUACUUGACCAAGAAGAACCAGAACUACAAGACACUGGUCAGACGCAACUAUGGCAGGCGGAGAGGGAGAAACCAGCAAAUAACAAGACCCUCACAAGAAGAGAAGUCGGACGACAAAACUGAAGAGGAGAAAUCUGAGAAGUCAGAGAAAAAAGAGGACGAGCAGAGUAAGGAAGAGGAAGAGAAAGAUGAAAAGGAGGAAUCCAGAGACAUCGGCAAAGACAAAGACAAGUGUGAAGGCGGGGAGGAAGAGGACGGAAAGGAGCAGAGCACGCCACGUGGCAGGAAAACUGCCAACAGUCAGGGCCGGCGCAAAGGAAGGAUCACCACGCGCUCCAUGGCCUCUGUGGCGGCCGAGGAACCCCCACCACCACCCGCCUCUGCACCCGAACCCGCCCUGCCUGCCGAGCCUCCUCAGCCUCCCAAACCUGAGCCUGCCACCCAAAAGGCUUUGAGAGAGCCCUCCAAACCUACGCAAGGUGGGACCCCCAUGGAUCCCAACAGAGGAGCAGGAGGAGCUGCUACCGCUGCAAACGCCGAAACCGGAGAGACUUCUCGCUGGACCGAGGAGGAGAUGGAAGUUGCCAAAAAAGGGCUUGUUGAGCAUGGGCGUAACUGGCCUGCCAUUGCCAAGAUGGUGGGCACCAAAAGCGAGGCUCAGUGCAAGAACUUCUACUUUAACUACAAGAGACGGCACAACCUGGACAACCUGCUACAGCAACACAAGCAGGACUCACGGCGGUUGCGGGGCGAUCGGGACCCGUCUCAGAGCGAGAGCAUGGCCUCAGCUGAUGAUGACGACAAUCCAGAGGACAGUGAUGUAGGAGAUAACAGCUCUGACACAGAAAGCGCCCCGUCCCCGUCGCAGAUGGACUCCUCCAAGGCUGGAGGAGAGUCCCAGCGAGGAGACAGUGCUGGAGGCUCUGAGAACCAGCGUUUGGACCAGGAAAAGGGCCAGACCGGCGAUGAGAAGGGCCAGGAGCCGGCAUAUGGUGAUCUGAGGGUCAAGCUAGAGAAGAGCCCAGAGGGAGAGGUUGGAGAGCCUGGCUCUCAGGACGAUAGGGAGAUGGCCAGGGUGGCCUACGAGGGCCCGGUGCACCUUAAGAGUGAGCCUCAGGAUGUGGACAUGAAGCCAGUGGGCGCUGGGAUCGGGGAGGUGCAGGUGAAGGUGGAGGCUGACUCUGCCAAGGAGAAGGGGGACAAGGGAGAUCACGGGGAGAGGGAGGGGCACCACUCGGAAAACGACUCCAGCGCCACCUGCAGCGCCGAUGAGGAUGUAGAAGCUGACCCCGAAAGACAGAGGAUGUUCCCUAGUGUGGACAAGCCUUCAUUGCUCAGCCCUCCAGGCUCAGUGCUGAUGUCCACGACAAAGCAGGCCCAUCUCAACAUGCAGCAACUCCAGCAGCGUGCUGCUGCCAUUCCGCCCAUGGUCAGUCACUAUAGCAACCCACACUUUUCUAUGAUCAGAUAUGCCCAUUCGGAGAGGCAGACACACGGAGGCAGACAACAGGGUGAAAGCAUGUCUUAUUUAGACCAACCUCCCCAUCAAGUGGGUCCUUUUGGCCCCGGUGUGCCCAUGGGGGCCCCUCUCAGCGGCUUCACCAUGUUCCAGCACCAGAUCAAGGCGGUGCAUGAGUCUGCUCAUGCCGAGGAAAAACAGAGGCAGGACCAGGCCGAUCCUGAGCGCAGCAGGCAACCCUCGAAUUGCCCCAGCUUCACCACCCGUAGCCCUACCAUCCUGGACAGGGAGGGCAAGCCGUUUCCCUACAUGCCUUAUGAUAUGAAAAUGGCUCUGGAGCAGGAGGCCCAGUCUGGUCGUCCAGGCUCUCCCUACAGGCUGUCUCCCAGGGAAAUGAGCAAAGCCUCUCCUCAGCCCAUCGACCCCACCACCUCUCGCUACAGUGUGCCUCCAGUACUCCACCCAGCUCCCAACCAGGUGGUCCAGAGCCUGCCCGAUGGAGUCCGCGUGACUUUCUCCAAACGCAGCCGACCUGCCAACAUUCCUUCUCCUCCUCCACUCAUUUCAACUUCCAAACCUGCAGACAAGCCUUCAUUUAUCCAGGGUGGCUCCAUCUCCCAGGGAACUCCUGGUACUUACCUGCCAUCCCAUGCUCUCUACGGUGGCCCAGAGGGGGCCAAGAGCUCUGUCGGCUCCAUAUCCCUGGGUCUGCCCAGGCAACAGGACCUCACCAAAUCUGUGUCAUACAUUAAGCAGGAGCAGUGCCCUCCACAUGCCCAAUCUGAAGGCCUCCUAUCUCGGACGCAGUAUGAGGGGGUUGUCAGAGGCAGCCCAAUUGAUGGGGGUAUAAGCAGAGGGAACCCAGCAAGAGGAUCAAUCACACAGGGCACCCCAGCCCUGUCCGGGUCCGGUAUUCCAUCUGACCUACUGAAGGGCACCAUUACCAAGCUGGCCCCGGAUGACUCAAGCAGCCCAGAGAAGGCCCGGGAACAGCUGGCCAAGGGUCAUGUCAUCUAUGAGGGCAAGAGUGGUCACAUCGUCUCCUACGACGCCAUUAAGAACCCAAGAGAGGCUACGCGUAGCCCGAGGACAGGCCAUGAGCUCAAACGCUCUUACGAUAUGAUGGAAGCCACCAGAGGCCAUCCCGGGAGAGAAGGAGCUCCAUUUGAGGGGUUGAUUAGCCGAGCCCUGCCCAGAGACACUCCGCAUGGGGAGUCUAAAGAGAGGCCCUUAAUGACUGGAUCCAUCAUGCAAGGUACUCCCAGACCAUCUGCAGAGGCCUAUGAGGAGAGCAUGAAGUACAGCAAGCAGAUAAAGAGGGAGAGCCCACCCAUACGCUCCUUUGAGGGUGGGAUAGGUAAGGGUAAGCCUUACGAAGGGGUGAAUACCAUUAAGGAGAUGGGCCGCUCCAUUCACGAGAUACCCCGCCAGGACCAGUCUGGACAAGAUCACCGCAAGACCCCAGACAUGGCUGCCAACAGCCGAGCCGCCUUGGAAGGCUCGAUGUCCCAGGGUCAUCCUCUGAGCCAGUCGGCCAUCAAGCACAACGUCAAGUCCCUGAUCACCAGUCCCAGUAAGCUGUCCCACGGCCACACCAUGCCCCAGCUGGAGGCCAUGGAGCGGGCCAAGUAUGAGGAGAGCAAAGCGGCGGCGGAGCAGCAACAGCGGGCACGCCACACCUCUGUUGUCAACUCGGCGACCUCUGUCCUACGCUCCACUCACCAGGAGCAAGGCAAGGCCCAGCUCAGCCCGAUCAUGUAUCAAGACGCUGAUGCCCGCAGGACUCCGGUCAACUACAGCACCAGAGGCUCACCGCUGCUGGGCCGAGGACAGGAGGGUUCUGGAAAGGCAGCAUCCCAUGACAGGAAGAGUGCCAUGACCCCCACUCAGAGGGACAGUGUCCCAGCCAAGUCCCCUGUGUCAGGAGGUGACCCCAACCACCCUAUGGCGUCUCACAGCCCCUUCGACCCCCACCACCGCCCCAUGGCUGCUGGAGAGCCCCGUUUCCAUCUGCCUCCACACUUGGACCCUGCCAUGUUCCACCGGGCCGUCCUGGACCCAGCUGGGUACAUGUUUCCGAGGCAGCCGUCCCCGACAGGCUACCACAAUACCUACCAGCUGUACACCAUGGAGAACACAAGGCAGACCAUCCUGAACGAUUAUAUCACCUCCCAGCAGAUGCAGGUUAUCCCACGUCCUGACGUCGCCAGGGGCCUGUCACCACGGGAACAGCAGAUGGCCAUCUCUUACCCUCCCGGAGCGCGAGGGAUUAUUGAUCUAGCCCAGAUGCCUCCAACUAUCCUGUUGCCUCACCCGGGGGGGACAGGUACUCCCACUAUGGACCGCAUCACCUACAUCCCCGGAGCUCAACCCCCUUUCCCUCCUAGGCCUUUCAACCCAGCCUCCAUAUCUCCAGGCCACCAAGCCCACCUCGCAGCCACCGCGGCCGUGGCCAGCCAGGAGCGAGAACGAGAGAGGGAGCGUGAGAGAGAAAGGGAGCGGGACCGGGAGCAUCGGGAGAAGGAGAGGGAGAAGGAGAGAGAAAGGGAGCACAGGGAGAGAGAGAGAGAGCAGGAACACAGACAACGAGAGCGGGAGCGAGCAGUGGCUGCAGCGGUUGCCAAUGACUACAUGCGUGGAGGUCAAGGUCAGCCAGAUAGACCAGGUAGUCGUGGGUACCUGCGUAGCCCCUCCCCCUCUUUGAGGUCCCAGGAAGCCCAACAGCAGCGGCCCAGCAUCUUCCAGGGAGCCAACAGCAAGGGUGUCAUCACCCCUCUCAUGCCGUCUACAGCAGCAGCCCAGGCAGGAGCCCGUUACAGCACUGCAGCCGACGCCCUCGCUGCCCUGGUGGACGCCGCCGCCUCUGCUCCUCAGAUGGACGUCAGCAAGGCCAAGGACCCCUCCAAGGCCAAGGACCCCUCCAAGGCCGACCGAGACGCUGACAUCUCAUCCUCCUCGGCAGCCCGGCGGCAGCAUGAGCAGCAGCAGCAGGAGGCGGACAGGCGCUCCAUGCAGUCCCCCUACGGCCCGGUGUCCCUGCCAGGGGGGAAGCCCCACACAGGCUACGCCGAGGGCCAAGCUGGUCCCCAGGGGGGCAAGGACAAGGCCCCCCCCACCAAGUCUCGCAUCGAGGAGGAGCUGAGGACAAGAGGAAAGACUACCAUAACAGCUGCCAACUUCAUCGAUGUCAUCAUCACUCGCCAGAUUGCCUCAGACAAGGACUCCAGGGAGAGAGGGUCCCAGAGCUCUGACUCCUCCAGCAGCUUGUCAUCCAGCCGGUACGAGAACCCCAGUGGGGGAGCCAUUGAGGUCAUCAGCCCAGCCAACUCUCCAGCCCAGGCUCAGCUGGAGAAGCAGCAGCAGGACGACAGGGACCGGGCCGACAGGGACCGGGCCGACAGGGACCGGGCCGACAGGGACCGGGCUGUACAGGCGGCAGCACAAGCAGCUGGCAUCCGUCCCUUUGACAUGAGCCGCUACCGACCCUCACUGGAGUCACAGCAGCCCCCUUCUUCCCAGGCUGAAGGAGGAUACUCCCAGUCCCAGCACGUCCCUAAGACUCACCGAGUCAUGACCCUAGCUGACCACAUCUCGCAUAUCAUCACCCAGGACUUUGCCAGGAACCAAGACCCUCCACAGUCCUCCACCACCAUCUCCUCUGCCACCCCUACAUUCCAGAACACCCAGCAGCCUGUGUCGAGCUCAGACGCCGGGGGCCGGUCCAAGGGCCCCAGCCGCUACAGCCCAGAGAACCAGACACCGUCACACCACCACCAGAGACCCCCACCCAGCAGAGUGUCUCCAGAGAAUGCACCCGACAAGCCCAGGGCCAGGCCUGGUAAAUCCCCUGACCGGGGUGUCAGGGGAGUGUUGGAGAGCUAUGAGCCUAUCUCCCCCCCACAGAACUACCAGGAGAAACAACAGGAGGCCAGGGAGCAGCAGCAGUCCCAGAGACGAGACGCUGACCAGCCUGAGAUGAGGGGUGACUCUCGUUCCCCUGGCAGUGUCAGCUACCUUCCCUCCUUCUUCACCAAGCUGGAGAACACCUCCCCCAUGGUGAAAUCCAAGAAGCAGGAGAUAUUUCGGAAGCUGAACUCUUCUGGUGUCGGUGAUUCUGAUGUUGGAAAUGCACAACCAGGCACAGAGAUCUUCAAUUUGCCAGCUGUGACCAGCUCAAGCAGUGUGAACCCCAGGAACAACUCCUUCAGUGACCCGGCCAGUAACCUGGGCCUAGAGGAUAUUAUUCGCAAAGCCCUGAUGGGCAACCUGGAUGAAAGGCCAGAGGACCACCAGGGACGGCUUCAGCCCAGCUCUAACGCUCCCAGCAGCGAGGCCCGCCAGGAGGCUAACCCCUCACCUAGCAUUGGCAAACAAAAACUGCAGAGCAAAGCCAACAGCCGAAAGUCCAAGUCGCCCAACCCAGGCCAGACGUACGCGGCAGCAGCAGGAGGGGAGCGGCCUUCUUCUGUCUCCUCCGUCCACUCAGAGGGAGAUUACCACCGGCAGCCCCCGGUCUGGGCCUGGGAGGACCGGCCAUCGUCUACAGGCUCCAUGCAGUUUGCCUUUAAUCCCCUUACCAUGCGCAUGCUGAGCAGCACGCCCCCGACCUCCAUGGCCUCCCCCUCCAUGCAGGCCCAGCAGCCCCCACCUGGAGGUGCUCCAGGGGCUCAACAGCAACAGCGUGUAUGGGAGCGGGAGCCCCUACUGUCGGAGCAAUAUGAGACCCUGUCAGACAGCGACGAUUGAGCACAGCCACUAUAGUCCUAGCUACCCCCCCCCCCCCCCCCAGCCUAAACCAGAGGAAGGCCAGGCCUCUCGUAUAGGCCUGCCUGCCCACCCCCUAACCUAAAAAUGGCCUCACUCACUGGUGCUGAUGGAGUGUGGCAAGAACAGGGGUGUGGUGUUGUACUUUUGGUGCAACAGCGCCUUCUGGCUGCCAGCAGGAAGAAAGGUAGCGAGUGAAUUCUGACAGGCAGGAUUCUUCAGGGUAGAUAAACUGACUCCCUUUAUGUCCAGAAGCUUAGACGGACACAGCCUGUCAGGACAGAGAACGCCUGAGCGGAAGAUAUUACGUAAAGAUGAAGAACUUGUAAAAAAAAAAAAAAUAAGGAAAAAAAAAGUUUUCGUUCUAUUUCUGUAAAGAAAGGCUUUUGUCAAAUCAUUAUAUGUAAAUAGAGUAACCUUUUGCAGUGUUUUUUUUUCUUUUUUCUUAACUUGAUAAUUUUGCAUUUUAAUGAUGCUUUUAAAUGGAUCCACUUUGUUUUUGAAUGAUUAGGGGAGAAGAGGGGUUUCAUCUUAAAUAUGACAGUAGGUCUCUCCCUGUCCAUCUCUUACUCCCCAUCCUAUCUAGCACCACAGUAAAACUGAGAGACACAGAACCUGUGGAGUGUACUUGAUAAUGAGCGGAGCACAGAAAUGUAGGAGGCUCCCUGUCCACCAGACCACCAAGCACCACCAAAGCCUGAACAUUGUGGAAAUAAAGCGAAUGACACAAACAGACAUAUUGACAUUUAAAUUACGUGUUUGUAAUUUGACACCUGUCUUUACAGCACUGUGGAAGAUGAAUGGAUGUAAUUAUUUCCGCUGAUCUAGAACUCAAAGAAAGUUUUUGUCAGGCUGUCCUCGCACCCUUGGCAAAACAAAAAUGUUUUUGGAACAAGUUGAGAACACUGGUGUAAGAGCAAGCAGAAAGGUGAAGGAAGACCAAGCUUGAUGUUGUCCAAGUUUUUUCUUCUCAUGACUACUUCUGGGCCCGUGUUGAUCUGAAUUCUGUAAUUGAGCCAGUUGUUUUUGGAUUAAGCUGACCACCACCCUGGUGGGUGUUCUGUAUGUCACACAGUCAGACCCAGAGCUGUCUCUAUGGUUCCCAACCAGUACAGAAUGACUUAAUACUCUGCAGCCCAGGUUGUCAUGGUAACUAAAGUAUGUCAGGAACCUUUCAUCUUUAGAGAAGGUUCACCCAUGUCUUGUGGCUGGAGAAUACGAAGGCAGCUCAAAAAAAAAUAAUUCUCAGAGAUUAUACGUUGGUGUUUUGUAGCUUUUGUUUUGUUUCUGUAGACCCUCUAUCUUUUUUUUUUUUUUUUUUAUAAUGUCCUGGCAUAAAAAAAAGUAUCUGUGUGACAACUAACCAAACAUAAAGAAUGGUCUGCACCAUUGUUGCACUUUUUGCUUUAUAAUCUUUGACAACAAAAGCAUACUACCUAUUGUAACUUAUUCAAGCUCCGCAGAGGACUGUACUAAGAUGUGCUUUGACUUUGCCUAUCACUCAUGGAAACCUGGAUGUUUAUGACUGAGUCCCUGUUUUCUAAUGUAGGUGGUACAUGGUUUUUGUAGUGUGACAUGCAUUGCAGUUUUACUUUUUUAUAUGGUACAGUCCAGAUAUUAAGGAAGAGUUGCUUUUUUGCUGUUAUUCAAGUCCAUGGGCUCAAAUCUAUUCUCUCUUAAUAUCUAAGAUGAAUAUCAACGGUUGUUGUCAACAGAUAUGUAGCUUCUUUCUAUUUUGGAUUAUGACUAGGUCAACAUCGAUGAUGACAGUAAUGUUAAAUUUUAAGUCCUUUUUUGGAUGUGUUAAAACAUACCAUAUUUUUUGUUUCUCUCAGCUUUUGCUUUGCUUCAAUAACAACCCCAAUCUGCUAUGAAUUUGUAUUUUUUUCUGCUUUUGAAUUAAGUCCCAGAACUGAUGUUCAGAUAAAGUUCUGUGAUCUUCAACAUCGGUGUUAUUCAUCCUAUUUUUGAUGGGAUGACAAAUGUUUACAACGGCAAAACUUGAAUAAAAGAAAAAAAAUUGUGCAUUUCUUCAGCUUUCUGUCUGUUUCCAAAUGGCACCCUAUUCCCUUUAUACUCCACUACUUUUGACCAGAGCUUGUGUACCAUAUAGGAAAUAGGGUCCAUUAGGGAGGCUCCCAAUCUGUUAAUCAUCCAGUGGUAACUUUUUUUGCCUGUUUAAAAUUUGAGACUUGAAAACCCAUGUAUCCCAUGAUGUUGAAAUGCAAUGUUUGCAUCGCACAAUGUCUCUUAGUAGUCUAUUGCAAGAGUUCAGACCAAUCAAUAAAGUGGAUCAGUUCUCCACCUUU